UCGUAGGUACUAAAUCUCUCACCAUUGAAAUUGGACUUAGUUGCAUGACCUGAUAUAAGACCGUGGUUGUCACUUGCUACGCCUCUUGAUCAAUAAAACGUAGUUUUAUAUUAGAAUGCCCUGUUCAAAUUGAUCAGUCAAACUAUAAAUAAUUUACUCGAAUUAUGUACAAUGGAAGACGUGAUCGAUGCCGAAAUUAUAAAAAAUACGCAAACAUCACUUGGAAAAUAUGUAAAACGACCACCACUUACCGAAAAACUAUUAAAGAAACCACCAUUUAGAUUUCUACAUGAUAUUGUUACAACUGUGUUAAAAAGUACCGGAUUUUUUGGUGGUUUGUUUGAAGAUGCAGAGUUAGUAUCUGAUAAUGUAAAAGAUAGAGAAAGCAAAAUUUUGUUUCUAACAAAAGUUAUAUCGGUAGUCGGAACUACAACUGGAAAAUCUUUAAGUGCUAAGCCAACCAAAAUAGUAGCUGGUCAAGACCCAGAAAAAACAAAUGAAUUGCUUCAGUGCCUUGCAUAUGCAUUAGAUAAUAAACUGUCAUCAGACGAAGCUGUAAAGCUUUACAAAGCCUCUGCAAAAAAUAAUUCAUUGAGUGAUAAAAAAGCAAAAGACACAUUAAAAUCGAUCAAAAAAGUUCCGAAUGCAAAGAAACUGACAUCAAAAAGUACCGAAAAGAUAAUAAAAGCUGAAAAAAGUCCAAACAAAGCAAAAAUAAAAGAAAACUCUUCAAUAAAAAAAGAUUCACCUCCUAAGAAAACCUCGCAAUCUUCUAAAAUAAUAAAUAAAAAAAUUACGGAAAAUGAAAAACAAGAAAUUCCAAUAAACACUGCGUUGCCGAAUUCCGAACCGAACACAAUAAAUAAAUCUGAUGUGAUUGUAAAAGAAGAAACUAAACAAAGUCUUUUAGAUGAUUCUCGCACUAUUAAUAGUUUAAAUUUAGAAAUAAAUCACGAAAAUGAGCACUCAGCACCAAUAAAUUCUAAUGUAAAUGAUGAAAAAAAUUUUUUUGAAGAUUCGCAAAGCUUAAAAGAAAUAAAUGCAUCUCUUUCUAUAGAAAAUAUAACUAACGAGUCGUCUAAUAAACGUAGCGACACAGCAAGAGAAAGUAAUGAAAAUGGGUAUGAACACAUAUCUAACGAAAAUAAAAUUGCGGACGAUAAAAAUACUUCACGGGAAACAAAUUCUGACGAUAUUAAUGUCAACUUACAAAAACAGGAUAAAGUGAUUACUGGGUAUUCUCAACCAGAAGUUAACGUGGCUGAUGCGAAAGUUUCAACUUUUGCAUCAGGUAAAAGACCAAACAGUGUCAGGCCAUCAUCUUCUAGACCAGGGGCACCUAGAUUUCGGGAUAAACAUGAACUAAUUUUGUCUGCUGUGGAUAAUCUUGUUGUUGGUAAAGUAAAUAUUAUAGCAGAAAAUAGCACCCAUGAAGAAGAAGAAGAAUCAAGUAUUAUACUUGUAGAAAAUACGGAAAUUAAUUCGCAAAAUGACGAUGAUCAAUUGGAAUCAUCUACUACUCAACAUGGUCACCUUGUACAACAAAUACUAAAUGCACAAAAAGAAUUUUCUGAAGUCAGUAGUAAAAAAAAUAUUGAGUGGCAAUUUGGGGUUCAAAAAGCAAAAGAUGUUAUUAAUCAAGAAAUCGAGCAACUAAGAUUCAACGUGCAAGCUCUCUCGCGAGUGGCUAACCCUUUAGGGAAACUGUUAGAUCAUGUUCAAGAAGACGUAGAAGUGAUGCGCCAAGAACUUCAACAAUGGACUAAAAUUUACGAAGAUACUUUGAAACAGUUGCUAAAACAAAAAGCAGCAAAUGAAGAAUAUUUUCUUCCACUGCAUUCAAAAGUAAGACAAUUGGAAGCAGAAAUAACCGAGAAACAUGAUAAGAUAAAUGAUCUUAAAAUUGUUAUACACAAAAAUACUUCAAGAAUCGAAAAAUUGUUGGCGAGCGGAAAUGUGCAAUAGUGUUAUUGUUUUUAAUUUUUAAUAGUACCAGAAUAUUGUAUACCUAUCUCUACUGCAUAUAUUUAAUAUUUAGUAUAAAUAAAACACGAACUUCUAAUUAGAAUUUAGUAUGUAUUCAA